UGCUGUCAGACACAGGAGGGCUGCAUUCCUCACAAGCUUUUAGAGCCCCUAACUGCUAGCAGCUCUGCUUAAAGAGUAUCUCAACACAGCUGCCAUACACCUUUAUCGGACUUUACCCUGUGGUGGUCUGUCCUGCCUCCGUCUGUCUGAGAGAGUGCAACUACCUGAGAACCUGGGGUUUUAUCUGAGAUAAGCUCAGAAAUAUAAGGAAGAUCUGUUUCAGUGAAAGAAUCUACACCAGGUCAUGCAGUGCUGAUUGUGUUUGAUCUGUUCUGAUCCCGGCUGAGCUGAGGCCAGUGCGUAGCUGAUGGAGCUUAAGGUGUGGGUGGAUGGUGUGGUGCGGGUGGUGUGUGGUCUCUCCGAGGAGACUUCCUGUCAGGAUGUGGUCAUCGCUCUCGCUCAGGCCAUAGGCCAGACAGGCCGUUAUGUCCUCAUCCAGAGACUGAGGGACACAGAGCGCCAGCUUCUGGCCACUGAGCGUCCGCUGGAGUCUCUGGCCAAGCUCGGGCAGCAUGGCAGCGAGGUGCAGUUUUACCUGCGCCGCACCGGUCCCAGCAGCAGCAGCAGUAGCAGUGAUAGCCAGGAUCAGCAUGACCGCACUCUGCCUCUCCACAAACCUUCUGAGCCAGAGCUCUCAAAACGAGGUGUGCCCAAAAAAUCCCUCACCUUCAACCUGGGCCCAUCCAGCUCCCCACGUGCCAAACCCAAACAGUCCCGUAAGAAUCUGGGUCACAGAGACUCCACUGAGCCCAGAGCAUCUCCAUCCCCAGUGCCUCACGCAAGUUACCUGUCUGGACCAACCAAAGAGGAAGUGUUCCGGCACAUUCUUCAGCAGCAGGAGCGAUUGCAGGCUCUAGAAGCCCAGUUAGAGGUGCUAGAGCACGAGACACAGUCAUGGGAGCGGCAUCCUGGCCAAGAACCACGACUGCAAGAGGAGACGGAUGCCCUGGAGAAGGCGAUGAUGAGGAACCAGGUCGAGCUGGCCCAUGAAGAACUCUGGGAGGAGGAGCUAAGGGCUGAAAUAGAGCGAGAGAAGGCCAUGAGGCGCCGACUUGGCGAAUUGCACGCUAAGCUGGAUGAAUGCAGCCGCAGGCUCCACGAAUUCACUGCCCGCUCUGUGCAGCUGGAGCAGGACAUUCAGAGAGAGAGGCUACAGGCUGAAGCUCCGCCCAGCCAGGCGGGGCCAGAGGACUCCAUGGGUGCAGUGAAGGCCGAGCUCCAGAGUCAGCAGAAACAAGGGGAGGAGCUAGAGGUGGAGCUUGUGGAGACUGAAAAGGCUCUAGGGAAGGCAGAAAAUGUGCUGCAGGCUAAGCAGGAGGAGCUGGAGGAACUGAACAAGGAGCUGAGGCAGUGUAACCUUCAGCAGUUUAUCCAGCAGACUGGUGUGCUCCCAGCCCACUCCUCCUCCCGCACAGAUCUCCACCAGCAGCUGGACCAGCUGGAGCUGGCACAGCUACUGCAGAACAGAUCAGUAGACAAUGAUUCUCUUCCGCGCCCCACAGCUAAGCAGUUCCUGGGGCAUCCACGUAACCUACAGCACCCGCUGGUGUCCAGCCUCAACCCUGAGGUCCUGACAUCCAGGGAGUCGUCUUGGAGGUAAAACCUGGACGGCAGGGCCAAGGAUCUCUUAUUACACCUUAAUGUGCUUAACCACCUACUGCUUGUAACGACCCCACUCAUCAAUGUAACCAUAUACUAUGUAUUGUCUGUAUAUACAAGUAUAUAUAUAUAUAUUGACAUUUUGUUACAUUGCAAACAUGUAUUUACUGUAAGAUAUUACCAGAAAGAUAUAUCUAGAGAACUAUUACUUUUGUUUAUGUAUUUAAGUACAAUAAAGAC